AUGAAAGUUUCACCCUUUCCAACACCUUCUCUCCCUCAAAAUCAAUAUGAAAAAAGGGGAAAGUUUACACCUCCCACAUCCACACUUAUUUGUAGUGGCGAUGCAGACCGUGGGGUACCUACAUGGCUUGCAUCAGAAAAAUCUGGAAGCCGUCUGGGCAGUAGUGAGGGUUACUAUGAUUUGUUCCUAAAGAACUAUCAAGAGCUCACGAAGAAGAGGAGAUGGAAGCAGCCCCUCCUCAUUGGAUUGUCAUAUUCUGUGCAAAUUAUGGAGGAAGGAGCAAUGCCUGUUACUCCCUUUGACAUUCCCGUGGAUGCUCUUGUAUCUCCAGCUGGUUUCACUCCAACAAGCACAGCUGCUUUGAGGAGAUGUGAUUGA